AAGAAUCCCAACAGGCCGGAGGCAAACCAGUUGGCUUUUUAUAAGCGUGGCUUAAAUCGUGUCUGCAUUGCACUGAAAAUGUCGAGAAUGCAGCGCCAUUUGUUAGCGGUGAGAGAGCUAACCUUCACGGCUGCGCGUGAACGGUGCAUUGCAGACGAGUUGGAAAGUAAAGCCAACAAAAAGCACAUGGGAGAACCUGUGAGUGAAGAAGCUAACAAAAUCCAGGACCUAAAACAGGAAAACGGACAGAAGAGGACUAGUGGACGUAGAAGUACUUUGAGUGGUUAUUCUCAACGAUGUGAAGCGUGUGGUAGCAAAGCACAUGGUUUUGACGUUUGCAAAUUAAAAGCUGCAACCUGCGAGCGUUGUCAGCAAAAAGUCCAUCUUCGUCCAGUAUGCAAGGCCCGUUUGCCGGAAAGUUCUUUCCAUAGAAGGUCCAGCAGUUCCAGAGACGCGAGCGUAAACAAAUGUUAGGCUAAUUCAUAAGAAGGAGGUGAUGACUCCAGUUUCCAGAUGUAUGAAAACUCUACAAUAAGCGAGGAUACCGAAGAAUUUGGUUUGUACCGAACUGGAAAUGAUAGUGUGACUGUUAAACCAUAUGUAGUUAGUGUCCAGCUGGGAAAUGCUACUGUCAAUAUGGAGGUAGAAACUGGUGCGUCGCGUUCAACUGUGUCACAGUAGGUAUACAAUACGUUGUUAACUGAUUUAACUCUUCAGAGUGAUUAUGUUACCUAACGUAAUUAUUCGGGUGAAACGGUUCCCAUUUUGGGAAAGAUUUCUGCACCAGUGAAAUAUUCUUCCCAUGAGGAAGGAAACCUGUGUACAGCGGCCACUCUGUAUAUAAGGGUAUAAGGGCCACCUGGCCAUUUCCCAAGGGUGACCGUUAUUUACAGGUUUGACUGUAAAUGCUUUAGGAGUGAAAGUUGUGAAACAGCCUUUUUGUAGGCAAAAGAGGUACUCUCAGGUAAUCAGGUGUUGGUGCGUUAUUAUCCCAGUAAACCCAGUAUCUUGAGUGUUGAUGCUGGCCGACAUGGUAUUGGGACAUUUUUGAGUGAUAGAUUGGAAGAAGGGUCUGAGAAACCCAUUAAAUAUGCAUCUAGAACACUCAGUAUGGCAGAA